AUGAAUUUCCGGUACCGAGCAACGUUUUGUAUCGUAUUUUUACUAUGUGCCAGUAUUACUUUUGGAGAAGAUUUCGACUUCAUACCAGAGACGACGAACGACGAUGUAAAGCCGCUAGCACCAGAACCUAUGAAAAUAGUUAGCAACACUAAAAUAAUUUACCAUAAGACACUUCCACAUGGCCUUAUAUGUCCGCCAACAGCGAAAACGGUCAGGUUGUCCCUCAUUCUGCUAUCCGAAAACUGGAAACACAUCACCGCACAUCUAAAACAACGCACAAUUACUACGCUGUCCGAGUAUUUCCUAGUGCCAGAGGAAUUGUUUACUGUCCAAAGCAUAAAAGACAGCGACCUGUGCCAUAUGAUGGAAACAGCCAGCCAACAUGGCAAAAGUAUUUCACCUACUGGAAAAACAUUUGAAUUGAUUGGAUUUACGAUCGGUUGCGAUGAUGGUAUGUCAAAGUAUUCCAAACAAAUGUUCGGAAAUGUGGAAAGUCAGAUGGAAGACAUCAAAGCCUUCACGGAGCUAGAUUUUGUCUCGUGGAUCAUCUGGAAGGAAUCGAAAUCAUCGCAGUUGAUGAAACGCAGGCCUAAACGGGAAGUGGACGAAGAUGAUUAUAAUUACGAUUACGACGACGAGAAUGACGACGAUGACGAGGGAGAAACAACGGAAGUUCCUCAUGCUCAUCGGCAUCAUCAUGGUUCCAGCGAGCAACAGUCACAACAUUCGAGCAAUAGUGGUCAGAUUGUUACUACCCACGCUACUAACAAGUAUACCGACAGCAUCGGACAAAAGCAUUCAUCAACAAGUAUUAAAUCAAUCGCUGGCGGGCUUGAAAAACGGAAACCUUUGAUGGUUCCGGUACAGGCACAAACUGCUAGCCCAAAGCACAAAUCGAACCAUGGGCUGUAUGAUCAGAUAAAAGCGCGUUCGGCCAAAAGGAUACUUGUGUCUGACACUGCAGCACAAACCGGAAACUCAAAUCAAUCAAAACAUUACACUCCGCUCCCCGACCUCGCCGAGAGCGUAUCGCAACUGGAAUCGACUAUUACUAAGACGAUUCGUAACAAUGAGCAACUGAAAAGAGAGGAAGAAAGACUGCUGACGAGAAAAUCAAAACAUAAGCUGAUCAAUAUUGAGCGCAUUAUUGAGACGGAGUUGUUGUUACCCGAAAUAGAGCGGCUACAGGAGGACACGUUAUUUCGGGAUGACUACGUGACAGCAUCCGAGCUGGCAGUCGAAUUGGCUACUGAGAAAAAUACGCUGCCAGUAGUAACGGAUAAAAUAAUCGAGUUCGCUCAACCUUCUACAACUACACAAGAAACCUCAACCAUUACACUGCCGAGAAACGCGAAACAUGUCACCAAAGAUGCAACGACAUUGCUCUCGAGCAUUGUGACGCCAUCGCAGUUCAAUAAUGUGGAUUCUAUGAUUCCUUUGACCAAAAGACCAGCCACUGUGCCGAACGCAAUUAAAGCUUUGCCGAAAUUUAGCGAAAUUGGUGUUACAAACACCACAAUCCAUCCUACAAUCACUUCAACGUUGAUCGCUACUAAUAGUCCAAUUAAUAUAGUACAUAUGGUGCGGAAUACUUCCGAUCAACCCACUAGCCCUUCUAAACCUCGGGUACGGCAAACUCACAUUACAACGAUUGACACGACAACAGCUGCGACUCCUCAGGUCGGCACUGACUCCACAUCAUCCCAAACUGACAAUUUAACUAAACCUUCGGUAUCGACGAUCGAAACAACCACAAAUCAGUCGACUGCCGCGACAGCAACCACGCUCAGCACUGCUUCAAGUAUUUCAACAACAGUCAUUUCUACCGCUGGCACUGCGAGUUCCGAGAUUUCAAGCCCGCCUUCCACUUCCGCUACUAACAUUCGUUCCACUCAAACUGUCGCUUUCGUUCCAUUGGUGAAGAAGGAUGAAAGCACAACAGCUAGCUCUAGCAAAGAUAAAGAUUUAAUUCGCCACACUGCCACAACAUUCCCGUCAUCUAUCGGAACUUCACCACCGAUUUCAUCGUCAUCAACAUCAUCAACUACAUCAUCGUUUCCAUUAAGCUCGCGAAUGGAGGAUGAAAAGGACUCGGACGAUGUAGCGCAAGCGAUUGCAACGUCGUCGACCAAUGUAUACAGCUCAUUCAGUACGGAUAUCCUAGAUAGAGACAGCACUAUCCUUGAUUCGUUCGAAUCCGAUAUCAAACGGAUCGCAGGGAAUGGUGAGCGUACGCAGCCUACUCCGCCAUCUACAACGACCUACAGUAACGCACCUCUAACGACGGCCAGCAAUUGGGAGCCUCGUGCUUUUGUGCCGCAGGAUAAUCAUCCCUUCGGUCGAUUGCUAAACGGAGAUGAUGCCAGCGAGGAGGAAGAUGAACAACGAGAAGAUGAAACAAGCGAGGACGUUGAGGAAUACUAUUCACCAGGGGUCCGUAUCACGGUGCUGCCGAAUUUGCCUUCGCAUUUUCCCGGGCAUGGCGACACAGUAACCAUGACAACUACAUUCACUCCUCCACGGAGCUCAAAUUCAGAGUUCGUUGAUACAACACAUCAAGCUUUUGGCACUCCGACAACUGAUACUCCCGGAAUGGCUUUUCCGACAUUGCCAACGGUCGACAGCACGACGACAACAACGAUCGCAUCAUCCCCAGACACAACCACGCUCACGAUUGCCAACCCUACAACAAUAACAACUACCACAGCCACCAACACUACUACUAUUACGACAACAAUCGAUAGUGCUACUAGCUCUGCUACAACCGCCAGCAAUCCCAGUGCAUCCCUGGCACCAGAACCCGAUACCGUUGCUCCUAGUACUACCCUAGAGCUCCAGACUACGACAACACAGCGCUCUACAGUGCCCUUUACGACACCCAAACAAGAGGGUACUGCUACAGUGAAGCAAGUAGAAUACGAGAACUACGACGAUGAGUAUGAUGAUGAGGAAGAAGGUGUAGAAGCAGAGCCCACAACAGUCAGCACAAUACCGGAUCCUCGAAGUGUUGCUUCAACCACCGAGAAAACACUACCACAGUCUACGAAGGCUUCUACUACUACUUCGAGCUCAACACCAGAAACAACCUUUACGACACCCACAACGACAACAACAACAACAGCAGCAACGACAACAACGAAGGCAAAGAGUUCCACCGUGACAACCACCACGACCGAGGCUCCGACGACAACGACGACCGUUUUGACGACGGAGCUGGACGAGCCGACCAAUCUGUCGCCGAUCAUUAAGAACCGGAUUCCCAAGCAGGCCAUCAUUGCCGGAAAAGUUUUCAACUAUCAGAUACCGUUGGAAACGUUCUACGACAACGAGGAUGGCAACAAUCUGCGGCUGGAGCUAUUGGAUGGUCGGGAGCAACCUCUUAAGCACUACUCCUGGAUCCAGUUCAACGUUGACACCAAAGAGAUCUAUGGGCUACCACUCGAGAAGGACGUGUCGAAAUGGCCAUACAAGUUGCGCGCCACCGAUUCGGGCAACCAAACUGUCGCGGAAACCGUCGACAUCAUGGUGCAGCAACACAAAUCGCACCGCAGCGUGAACCACGAAAUCAGCCUCGCGUUGAAGCUGAACCGUAAGUUCACGAGUAACGUCGAUUGGCAGAUCGAAACAAUUCGUGGCAUCGCCACCGUGCUGGGCGACGCAUCGCUCGGGAACGUUGUAGUGCGCGACAUACGCAACAGCUUGCAGGACCCAAACGUGGCCACCUUCGUGUACACCAACGAAACACUGCCGAAGGACCGGUGUCCGGAGGAAAAGUUGGACGAGCUGCUGGUGCGAUUAACCGAACAGGCACUCAACGACGCCUUACGCCCGGACAUCACGGUGAAGUCAGUUCAGGGGCAGCAAAUCGGGCAGUGCACGAAGCCGACGCUUCCCAAAGUGAAACCGACACUAAGCAUUUCGCGCAACUUUGCACCGCAAGCGCGCAACCAGGUCGAUCAGGUCAAUGCCACCGUAGGACAUCUGCUCGUAUUCAAAGUACCGGCGGACACGUUCUAUGAUCCGGAGGAUGGCAAUGAGCUGAAACUGAAGCUACUUACGACUGAGCGCAACACUCUCGAUCCUUAUCACUGGCUGCAGUUUGAUAACAAGAACCAGGAAUUCUACGGCGUACCACGGUCAAAUGAUAUCGGCCGAAAGGAAUACCUCCUGAUGGCCGAAGACCGCGAGGGACUGACGGCGACGGAUGCGCUGGUAGUAGUGGUCAAUCCACACCACAAGCGCGACUACAGUGUCCUUUUCGAACUUACGCUCGACACUACGCACGAGCAAUUCAGCACGGCGCAGGCUCAGCGGCGCUUCAUCGAGCGACUGGCGCUGGUGUUUGGUGACCCGUCGACAAACUACAUCAAGAUACACCACAUUCGCCCAAUCCACCACACCGGCCAGGUGCAAGUGUCGUUCUUCAACACUACGCUCAACCGGCAGCACCAAAGGUGUCCGCAGGAGGAGAUCGAGGCGCUUCGUAACAUUCUGCUGCACCAGGACAGCACCAUCCGUGCGAAGGUGCGCGAAACACUCACGCAGGAGUUUAGCCUGCAGAACGUGAGCCUCGUUCCACUGGACAACUGUCACGGUUUCGACACACCACACCAUCCAACGAGCGAACCGGAGAAGGCCGCUCCGCCUCCAAUUUCCAAGGAUGAUUACCUACUUACGUUCGUCCUGCCGACGGUCAUCAUACUGAUCAUGCUGAUGAUCGCGUUCAUCAUCGCGUGUGUGCUUUACAAGCGGCGUCUGACAGGCAAAAUGGAGCUGGAAUAUAUCAAUUUCAAACCUAUCGCUCCGUCAUCCUGUUCGCCCCAACCCCAAGGUACCGAUGAAGAACGGAAGUCGUUCCGCUCCAAGGGCAUACCGGUGAUCUUCCAGGACGAGCUAGAUGAAAAACCGGAGAUUGGCAAUAAAUCGCCCGUAAUUCUGAAGGACGAAAAGCCACCACUACUGCCCCCGUCCUAUAGCAGCACCAACAACGAUGGAGAGAACGAAGAUGUCGACGAAUAUGUGCCUCCGCCGGCUGUCAUCGUGGCGGGUCGUGAAUCGCGAGGCAAAUCCCCCGUUACACCGUCGUACCGGCGGCCGCCGCCUUACGUGUCCCCGUAAACCAUCCAUCGAGGAGGAACGUCUCUUAAAAUCAUUCGUCUUCGUUCCACUUUAAUGUUUAGUUUCGUUCAGUGGGGAAUUUCCCAUUUGGUUUACCAAUAACACACCAAAAAGGCGCAAAAGAAAACAAUCAGCAGAGGGAAGCAGGACAUGCUCGAUGAAGAAGCAUAUUCAUAAAGUUUUUUAUAUAGCGUGUGUUCUUUUCCAACUUUCACUUAAAUAUAACACUCUACCUACUGAUGCAAGCAAGUGUGCAACGCACGAAUGCUAGUGAAAGGCGUGUGACCACGGUAAACAGAAAACCGAGUGAACGGCGGAGGAUCAACCGAAGAGGUUGACGUGCGCGCAACGAGUUUGAAGGGCGUUCAAUUUAUAGUCAUUGACAAAGAGUAUGAGUAGUGCUUAGUAGUAAUCUUAAAUUUAAAGUUCCGCCGAAGAAUGCGACCUACGCACGAAGCGAACAGGAAAAACGGCCGAUAAUAGGCCCAGCCAGUUUUCGGCACAUUACUUUUGUCUACUUUUGCCAUUCGUCAUCUAGCAUCGUAGGCGUGUGUUGUAUUACAUCGCGUGGGCCAUUGGCUAAUACUGCUGUCAUCUAUGUUUAUUUAUCCUUCCGAGUCCCGUUGAAUUAGCAUUAGCGUUUGUUCCUUUAUGAAGAACUCAUACCUAACAGUAGGUCCCGCUCGUGACGGGAGACAGCGCACAAUCAACUGUGGGAGAGACAAAGACAUGUUGUGUACCGUGUGAGGGCAUAAAGACGAAAACCAGGGAACUUUUCCCAGCUCAAUAUUUUUGUAUAACCUGUGCGCCGAACGAAAGAAGUGAUGAGCAACGCAACAGCGUUCGUUGUAGAGACAUUCUUUUCUUCCAGCGUGGCGACAUGACAGCCGAAAACCAUCUGCACCUCCCUCGAAUCAUAAUUCUAAUGAGCUUAAACCACAUCUGAUCUGAACCGGUCAAAUACGAUAGAAUGAUAUUGCGCACGAGAUAGACGAGACAAAACCUAGAGACUGGCGAAGAGACAAAGGAACGUUUCUGGCAGCCACAAAAUCUUUAUUGAGACAAAACCAUUAGCAAAGGAAUACCGCAUUUUAUAGCUAUCAUUUGACGCGAUGAAUGCGAAAAGAAAAUGAGGCAAAUGAGGCCUCACACCUGCCAUAUGCACACAGUUGCUGACAGAUUUCUGCUAAAUCUAAUGCCAUAGCUAAUGGAAAACAAGAACACGCAGACGUCAUUUCUUGUUCGGACAAACGAAUAGACAAGCAUUGAUUGUUGAUCUCAGCAUUUCGAAGAAGGUUUUGGAUUUAUGACACUCGCCCUUGGUUUGCAUUAGUCACUGAUUGUGGGAACUGUGCCACAAUUUAUUCGAAAUGAAGUGUAACCCAAAUGCAGCUCAUUUCGAACACGUUUUUAUUUGUAUUAACGCUAACAAACUGAUUCGUUCGUUUCUGAAAGAACGUUUACUUUUGCUUAUCAUGCUUAUUAACUGGUAACUCAAUAUUUCGUUUACUCAUUUGAGGGCCAAAUUUCGGUUCUGAAGAACCAAAGGGGCAGCUUAGAUCGGUUGAUUGACUCAUCGGAGACCUAAGUGAAGUGUACGCGUCUUUGCACAAUAUAUUGGCCUACAUUAGUUGCGUUCUUCGCGUUCGACAACAAAUCUGAGAAUGUAAGUAAUGCGGAACCUCAUUUUCUGUGGGUAUCUAACAAAUCGUAUAAAUAGACUAAAGUAUCGUAUCGUUUGACCGGAAAACUCGUUUGCGUGACAAAACCCAGAGUUCUGGAUAAAAACGAAAUUGAUUUAUAGUAAAUUCUUCAAGCGAGCGAAUCCAACAGUUCACGAUGCAGUAUGUGAAUUAAUACAUUUAGAAAAUAGGCUUACGGUUGAAAUAUAAACCACGACGGCACACAUGAAAGCGUAACAGUCCUCGUUGCACGUUAAACGUGGAUACCAACGCGCACAUAGCAGAGUGCAGGAAGUGAGAACUCAGUUACUGCCUAUGUGCGAUGAAAGGAAAGUGCACGAAAACUCAGUAGUAAAUAUACAUACAGGAAGGAGUAUGAAUAUGUAAACUAAUAAAUAUUUAAGAGAACCGAACCCAUGCGCAGGGAAACCAGACGAAGUCUAAAAAUACAGAAACAUACCUUCUACAUCAUUUGGAAUUAGAAGCGAGAAACUGCAGCGAAGAAGGGUGUGAAUGUAAAAAUGUUUUGAACAACACUUCGAAACACACGAAAGCAAGUUAAGAGAAAAUAUGACGAAAAUUCGUGCACGAAGCAAGGAAAUUCAAUAACCAAAUUGUAAAUUUUUUAAUAAA